CCGAAGAAGAAGAUAUCCCACGUGUUUCCAAUAUGUCCGCUGGCUGGGUUGUUGUGCUCUGAGAUUAUAUAUACUUUUUAAUACUGUGUUAGUUUGUAAUCUGUACAGUAAAGUUAUUAAACACAGGUAGAAAAGGCUUAAAAGCGACAGGAUGGGUCAAAGAAAGAAGAAACUGACGAAGAAAAGACACACGAGCAAGAGAGAGCAGGAACCUGACUCUGACAGCGGAGACUUCGAGCUUGCUGUUGAAAUGAAGGACGAUGAUUCUCCAGGGAGGAAACUGCCGCGGUUCCCUGCAGCUUCAGAUUGCACGUCAGAUGUGGAGCCUGACACCCGGGAGCUGGUUAGAGCACAAAACAAGAAGAAGAAGAAGUCUGGAGGGUUUCAGUCCAUGGGUCUUAGCUUCCCUGUUUAUAAAGGUGUAAUGAAGAAGGGUUAUAAAGUCCCUACACCCAUUCAAAGAAAGACUAUCCCUGUGAUACUGGAUGGAAAGGAUGUGGUAGCUAUGGCUAGGACAGGCAGUGGUAAGACAGCUGCCUUCCUGGUGCCCAUGUUUGAGAAGCUGAAAGCCCCCCAAGCCCAAACAGGAGCCAGAGCCCUCAUCCUGAGUCCCACCAGAGAGUUGGCCUUACAGACCAUGAAGUUCACAAAAGAGUUGGGGAAAUUCACAGGCCUCAAGACUGCUUUGAUUCUUGGUGGAGACAGAAUGGAGGAUCAGUUUGCAGCUCUUCAUGAAAACCCAGACAUAAUCAUCGGUACCCCUGGUCGUCUCAUGCACGUCAUCAAGGAGAUGAACUUGAAGUUGCACAGUCUGGAGUAUAUAGUGUUUGAUGAAGCCGACAGGUUGUUUGAAAUGGGUUUUGCUGAGCAGCUUCAGGAGGUCAUCCAAAGGCUCCCAGAGACCAGACAGACUGUCUUGUUCUCUGCCACUCUUCCCAAAAUGUUGGUGGAGUUUGCCAGAGCUGGGCUGACAGAACCUGUGCUGAUUCGCUUAGAUGUUGAUUCUAAGCUCAGUGACCAGAUUAAGCUGUCAUUCUUCCAUCUGCGUGUGGACGACAAAGCAGCACUGCUGCUGCACCUCCUGAGGAACGUUGUAAAGCCUCAGGAACAGACGGUGGUUUUUGCUGCUACCAAACACCAUGUAGAGUACCUCAAGGAGCUGCUGUGUUCAGAGGGCAUCGAGUGUGCCUACAUCUACAGUGCCCUUGAUCAGACUGCCAGGAAGAUCAACAUUGGGAAGUUUGUGCAUCGGAAAGCCAUGGUUCUUAUUGUGACUGAUGUUGCUGCACGUGGUAUAGACAUCCCCCUGCUGGACAAUGUCAUCAACUACAACUUCCCCUCAAAAGCUAAACUCUUCUUGCACAGAGUUGGCCGUGUUGGACGUGCGGGUCGCAGCGGCACAUCAUACAGUAUGGUUUGUACGGAUGAGAUUCCUUUUGUCUAUGAUCUCCACCUCUUUCUCGGGAGGCCUGUUCAGUUUGCCGCUCCUGAGCACACAGAGGAUUCAGACAGUGUCUUUGGUAAAGUCCCCCAGAGCAUCCUGGAUGAUGAAGGUUCUCAUCUGAUCACAGCUUAUGAAAACUCUCUGGACCUGCAGAAUCUACGCCGUGUCGCAGAGAACGCCUACAAGCAGUACCUCAAAUCCAGACCUAACCCCUCCCCAGAGUCCAUCAGACGGGUCAAAAACACAGAUCUCUCCAGCAUGGGUGUCCAUCCUUUGCUUGGUUCUGGUUUGGAAAGAAUGGAACUGGAGCGGCUUCAAAUGGUUGAUGCCAUCAAGGGCUACAAAUCCAAAUCGACAAUCUUUGAAAUCAACUCAAGCAGCAAGACACCAGCCAGUGAGGUGAUGCGGAAGAAACGCUCCAAGGACACACGAUUAGUGGACAAAUUCAGCAAACAGAGAGAGGACCUGGCUGCAGAAAGCCGGCUGCAGCAGCCCGUCAACCUCUCCUCCACUGCUGACAGCGAUUUGACACACAGCACAGGCCAAGAGAACGAUGAUCUUAAGGGGGUGUUCUCAGAGGUGGUAAGCGUUAAGAGAAAAGGCCUGCAGAAAGAUGGGGAAGAUCUUCCAAAGAACAAGAAAGCCAGGCACACGGGGAAAGAUGAGGAGUUUUACAUCCCAUACAGACCUAAAGACUUCGACUCUGAGAGAGGGUUGAGCAUCGGUGGUGAGGGCAGCAGUUUUGACCAGCAGGCCUCCUCAGCUGUACUCGACCUCAUGGGAGACGAGGGUGACAAGUUGAACACGCACAAAAAGAUAAUGAAAUGGGACCGUAAGAGGAAGCGUUUUGUGAGAGAAACGGGGAAAGAGGACCAAAAGAAGAGCAGGACAGAGAGCGGUCAGGUCAUCAAUACGAAGAAAAACAGGAAAAACUUUUAUGAAGAGUGGAAGAAAAAGUACAAAGUUGAUGAUGCUGGAUCUGGGUCAGAUGGAGAAAUGGGAGGAGGCAAUAAGAGGCCAGGAGGAGGUUAUGGCCGUGGUCGCCGAGGCCCAAAGUCCCAGCGCUCUGCAGUCCCACAGGUGACGCCUGGUGGCCGCAGAAUACGCUCGGAGCUGAAAACAACUUCUCAGAUCCUGAAACAACGCAAGAUACAGCAGAAGCAUCAGUUCCUGCAGAAUGGAGGGAUGAAAAGGAUCCGUGGCAAGAACAAACAGUGGCUCCAAGAAGUGAAAAAAUCUGGAUUUGGACGGGGUAACCAAAAGAAGGGCAAGAUGAAGAAGAGGCUGUGAGAAAGACACACAGACUAUAGAGGGCUGAUUGCACCAUGAGGAGUUGAAUCAUGAGAACCAGUAAUGUCUCAUUUACAUUUUCAUGCUUCUUUGUGUGGUUUUGAGGGUUCAAGGAGGAGCAGUUGAAUAAAGAUCUUUGGACUGCAGAGGUUCAUGCCACAUCGUCCCCUCACUAGCUUCUGAACUUCAGAGAAGAAUGAGCCACUUGCUUUGGGUUCGUCUUCUUUUAAGCCCGUCAACAAUGUUUUAAGUACUGAAUUGUAUGUAUUCGAAAUACUAACUGCCAAAUACACAAACACAAAAAUAAAAUACAUAUUUGACAAACACACACAAACUGUUUUAUAUGA